AUGCAGUCACCGGCGCGCACCGGCCCCGAGACCAGAGCCCAGUCCGCAGCCGCCACGGCGGCGGCGGCAGAGCCGUCUUCGCCCAUGAGCCUCGGCGUCGUCGUCGGCAUCGUCGUGGGCGCCACGCUCCUCGUCUCGGCGGCGCUGGGCUUCGCGUGCGUCUGGGCGUCGCGGCGGCGGUCGGCGCGGCUGCAGCGCGUCGCCCUGGCCAGCCAGCAGGGCGAGCCGGCCUUCAUGGACAACGGCGACGCGUCCAGCAUCAACGGCGGCCUCGGCGGCUCGCCGCGCAAGCUGCGCAAGCGCGGCGGGUCCGUCAGCAGCGGCGAGAGGGCCCCAUCGCCCGUCAGGCGCGUGUCGUUGGCUCCCGUGCUGCCGCCCAUCUUCUCGAACUCGUCGUCGUCCUCGCGCCGGACCUCCUUCAACUGGUUCGGUCUUGGUAACAGCGGCGGCGGCAGCGGCAGCGGCUCCGAGAAGGACCGUCGCGGCAGCGAGACCAGUCCUCACAGGCGCAACUCUAACUGGAUCGACGAAGACGCCAUCCACGGGCCAAAGAUUAAGAAGCCGACCGGCAGCGGCGGCAAGAAGUCGCUCCGGGACUCGUGGCCGCUCAAGAUGAUGGCGCCGCCGACGCUGCCGCGGCUGAACCUGCCGGGGCUCCCGCUGUACAGCCACCAGAAGACCGAGGACGCCCUGGUGAUCAGCGGCCACCACGGGGACUCGACCGAGGCGGUCCCGAUCCGCAAGCUGCCGCCGCCCCCGCGCCCGGUCCUGGUCGUCCCGAGCCGCCCGGCGCCCCAGCAGUCUCCGCCGCGCCCGUUCAUCUACGAGGAGUACGAGGAGGCCGAGCAAGGGCGGCCUGUGGCGAACGGCGAAGGCGAAGGCGACGGCAGUGCGGCGAGGCGCCCCUCGACGGCGCGCGGCCGCAAGCCCUCGACGGACUCGACGCUUGCCGAGAUCCUGCAGUCAACCGAGCGCCGGCUUCAGGAGGGCACCAUGACGGGCGUCGCGCGGCGGAACCGCAUGGCCGCGUCCCCGACCAGGCAGCCAGAGAACAGCAGCCGGGAGCACCUCGUGGCGCGGGUCAUGACCUCCCGAACCGCCGGGGCGUUUGAGUUUGUCGACGAUGACGAGGACGACGUGCCCCUGAGCCAGCUGGCGAACCGUAGGCGCACGCCAAGCCCCUCAAAGUCGGCAGGGCCAAGCCCCUCCAAGUCGGCAGGGGUGCUGUUAGCGGUUAUUCAGGCCAGCCCGGGCCACGUCCGCAACACGUCCGAGGUAUCAGACAUUUCCGAGCCGGACAGCAUGUUCGGCGACACCACCACGACCGACGUCGUGUACGAGGCCACGGCCGUGGCGACACGCCUGACCAGCCCGAGCCGGAGCCCCUCGAGGGCGUCGGUCAGGGUGGUCGACUCGCCCUCGACUGCCAGCUCCAAGUCGCUUUCCACGCUGUACAGCGUGGACGAGGCGGCGCAGGACAACAGUACACAAGCGACUAGUCUCCCAUCUUCCAGCGUCUCAGAGGACAGGCACAGCUUCUCCGCAGGCAGGAAGCCUACAACCACCGAUCCCUUUGUCACUUUCCCAGGCACGCCACCGUCCACCCGCGGGACGCCCAUACGGCUUUCUUUCUCAGGAGGCAAGGUCGUUGAUUCCGCUGGGUCGGGAAAGCUGGUGCUCAACCGGCCCCCAAAACUGAGCAAGAGUUCGACGGGCGAAUCAUCGCCUACGCCGGUCCAGCGCCGGAGCCAGGCCGAGAGGAUCCUGUAUUCGGCAUCUCCGGACGGGCAGACGGAGAUCCUGACCAGCAGCCCUUCCCGAACGUCGGACAAGAGCCGGCAGGAGAUCCAGCAGCUGCUCGAAACCCCCAGCCUCCGCACCAGGAUGCGGUCGGGAGUGUUCCCGGCGCCGGUACUCCUCCCCUCACAGUCGCCCGACGAGGGGCAGCGGGAGCUGACCGACGAGGGUCUUUUGCCCGUCAGGCCAGCCCUGAUGGUCACGAGCCCCAGCACCGCAAACACAACACGCAGCUUUCUGUUUGGAAGUAGCAGAGACUGCGAGAUGGAGAGCCCAACUGCGAGAAGGGUCGUACCGCCGCCCCACCAGCUGCGCGUCGACACGGAGCGUUGCAGCUCUCCCACGCUCGGGGAGGAAGACGACUUCGUGUCGGUGGUGACACCGAGCCCCACCUCAAGCCCUGCCCUGAGCCAAAAGGGUGGCUUCUCGCCGAGCCCUGGCGCCAGGUACAUCAACUCGGCGAUGGAGGCCCGCCGGGUCCGAGGCGGCAAGAGGGUGGUGUCGACAGCGUCUUCGAUAUACUCGCAGUAUGUGGACGACCCUGGCAGAUCAGGCAGCCCUGAUAAGAUGCAAUUCAUGGCGGCGCGUCAGUCGCUUCCACCCUGCCCGCCUCCCCUUCCGCCGGCUGUCAUGGUCUUGACACCUGCAGAGCCCGAGGAUGUGAACGAGGCAGCCGUGGCUGCAAACAACCGUCUGCCCCUCUCGUCGUCGACAUGCCCGCCAAAGGUGCUGCGUCAGGAGAAGAAAGGCCUGCUCACGGUGGGAGGCGGCGUUGGUUUUGGUGGAACAGGAGAGAAGUAUCUCGUCACGAGCACUAUCGCGGAGCUGCGUCGGAUGAACAGCCAAGUAAGCAACUACAGCGCCGUGUCAUCGCAUCACGGCGGCGGCGGCGGCGGCGGCGGCGGCAAUACCCUUGAGAGUCCGACAAUACCCCAACUCCGUGGCGGCGGCUUCAGCCCUUUGGCCAGGCCAGCCGGGACCAAGAACUACCUCGCCCUAGGCACCAUUAGCCAGGAGGAGACUGAGAGGGAUAGAUAUAUGGCCGGCAGCGACGGCGGUGCCUCAGCGGCGACGCAACACGUCGACCGGUCUCGAUUUUCGUCAGCAGAGCCCCCGGCUACCAACUCGUGCCCCCUAGCCGUCUGGACCGGAUGCACCUGCACCCGGUCCGAGCCCUCGACCGCGGCGGGCCUGACGGAGGAAGACAAGCGGUUUAUGGACCUGAAGAUGCCCAAGGUCGACUUUGACCGCUUCUCGGCCGGUUUCAUCCCCGAGAUCUCGGAGCGGUUCCUGGCCGAGCUCGGCGGGGCCGGCACCGCACAGAGCGGAGUCUUUGACAGCAACGCUCAGCUCGAGACGCCGCCUAGGAGGUUCGCGGGCCAAAGCGAGGGUGGCGACUGCGAGAGCAGCGGCGGGUAUCGCCACGGCCGCGGCACUAGCACCCUGGGGGUCGAGAUUAGUCCUGACAGGCACAGCCUCGACAGCCUGGGCCUGUACGACAACGACGGGUUCCUGAUCAACUCGCCCGAAAGGAUGCGCUCUCGUGGGCUGAGGAUCUGAAGGUGCCGGGGCUGUUAAACGGGGCUGCCAAACAGGAGGCAGGAUUGUAGUUUUUGUUACUUGGCCAUUUUCUGCG